AUGGAAGUUCCCGACCCCGCCUCCGCAGUCGAGCAUUUCCCGCCAGCGUUCAUCAGUCGUCCCGGUCCUGCGUGUGGGUUAGGGGAACGGAACUUCCAGAUCGAUAUCUGCGGCAAGUAUGAAUUUGUUAGCAAUCCUUCUUUUGUUGAUGCGCUACGCGUUUUUAGCCCACCGACAACUGACUUAUCGCUCCUGGACGAUCAAAUCACUGACUCCCGCUGUCAUGACAGCACUCUCACAACAAGACGACAUCUUUCUUCAACUGACACUUCAAGAUUCAACGUGACACCGGGACGCAACGAUGUUGGCAUCAUGGAUGCUCCCUACCUCCCCGCCGCAGUCGAGCAUUUCCAGCCAGCGGCCACCAGUCGUCCCGGUCCUGCGUGCGGAUGCGAGGGACGGAGCAUCCAAAAUCUCAGAUCAGGCAAGUGCGCAAACGUUAACCAUAGACCAUCCACAGACUCGCUACCCGUUUUUAGCCCGUCGAACAAUCCGAAGACGAAUAACGUUGACCAUGGACAUGAUAUACUUCUUUAUUACCAAAACGUGGGUGCUAUGAACGCUAGCGUCUCCGACUAUUUACUAGCAUGCGCCGACAGUCCAUAUGACAUCAUUGUUCUGACCGAAUCCUGGCUCGACAAUCGAACACUCUCUCGUCAAAUCUUCGGACCCAAUUACGAAGUUUUUCGUUGUGACCGGAACCCUAAAAAUAGUCGCAAAACUUCUGGUGGUGGAGUUUUGAUCGCAGUUCACCGUCAACUCAAUGCUUCUAUUCUCGAACACGAUGUUUGGUCGACCGCCGAGCAAGUGUGGGCAACAAUUAAACUCGUGGACCGCACGUUAUUUUUGUGUGCUAUCUAUGUUCCUCCUGAUCGUACCCGCGAUACAGACUUUCUUCGCGCACACAUGUCUUCGGUUAACACCAUCAUUUCAAAGACGUCCGCGGUGGAUGACGUAAUUAUCUUAGGCGAUUUUAAUUUACCUGGUAUCACUUGGCAAGAGCGGGGUAAUGGUUUCAUGCACGCUGAUUUCGGCUCGCUCAGCUUGUCACCAGCCACUACCGAAUUGCUAGAUAGCUACAGUACCGCUACUCUUCAGCAAUGCAACAGAAUCACCAACGAAAAUGGGCGCUUUUUGGACCUCUGUUUCGCUACUGUGCGCUGCCAAGCCCCUGAAGUGGCAUUGGCUCCUUCUCCGCUCGUUAAACACGUCCUGCAUCACCCGGCCUUGCUGGUGUCUGCCCAUCAGAAAAUCUCCUGUGCCGAGACUACGGCACCGACAUCCGUUUAUUACGAUUUCGCCCGUGCCGAUUUCGAAAAUAACAACGUAUUGUUGUUUGAAAUCGACUGGAACACGGUUCUGGACACAGACGACGUCAAUGCCGCCGCCUUAACUUUUUCCCAUAUUCUCAAUUACGUCAUUGAUCGACAUGUACAGAAAAAAACUAACUCCGAUCAACAGCGAUUGCCAUGGCUGAACACUACGCUACGACGUCUAAAAUCAGAGAGGAAAGCGGCCUUGAGAAGGUUUUCAAAAUACAGAACUCUACCUCUACGGAACCACUACCUAUCGAUCAACACUCGCUAUAAACAGCUAAGUCGCUCCUGUUUUCGAGGCUUCCUUCGGAAUGUCGAGCGCAAGCUCAAACGUAACCCCAAAUCAUUUUGGAAAUAUGUGAACGAACAGCGAAAAGACGGCGGCCUACCAUCAAGCAUGUUCUUAGACGGUGAUACAGCGAAUAGUGUGUAA